GCAACAUUGGCAAUUGCCAAGCAGCGUAAAAAAUAUUAUAAACAAAAUGAGUAGUGAAAAGGCUGAAAAGGCCAAAGUAAGUGCACAAAUAAAGCAUGUACCCAAGGAUGCCCAGGUUAUCAUGUCCAUACUCAAAGAGCUAAACAUCCAGGAGUAUGAGCCUCGCGUCGUUAACCAAAUGCUCGAAUUUACAUUUCGCUAUGUGACCUGCAUACUAGACGAUGCAAAAGUAUAUGCAAAUCAUGCGCGCAAGAAAACCAUUGAUCUGGACGAUGUCCGACUGGCCACAGAGAUGACACUGGAUAAGAGUUUUACGGGUCCGCCAUCACGGCAUGUGCUGGCCAAGAUGGCAGAGCUACGUAAUGCGAUGCCACUGCCACCCAUCAAACCCCAUUGCGGUCUCAGGCUGCCACCCGAUCGUUAUUGUCUGACUGGUGUGAACUACAAAUUGCGCGCCACAAAUCAACCCAAAAAGAUGACCAAGUCGGCGCUGGAAGGGCGCACUGUUAAAACGGUUGUCAAGCCCGUCUCCAGCGCCAAUGGACCCAAGCGAGCACAUUCGAUGGUGUCGAAGCAACAGGUGGUCACCAUUCCGAAGCCUGUUAUCAAAUUUACAACUACAACGAAAACCGUCUCCGCCAUGGAGGUAAAGCACGAACCGAAUGCCACGGACAUGAAAAUGGAGGUGGAUAGCGAUGCGGCGGCCGUUGGAAGCAUCGCUGGUAGUAGUGUGGCUGUAAAGCGGGAACGCGAUGAGGAGGAAUUUGAAUUUACAGCGAAUUAGAAUAUAACCACAGACUUGAAUAUUAACAAUGCAUCCAAAUAAACGUAUGAAAUUGAAUCGAAAA